AGUGUAGAUCAGUCUGUAGUAUUCGUCCAUGAGCGCGAAUAAGGCAUUCGUCUAGUGACGCGAUAUCGGACAGACGUCUUUACGUUAUCGUAACUCGAAUAUAAUUUCGUAAAAACGAACGUGAUUUCCAAGCAAAUAUUAAAAUAUUACAGGUGUGUUUGUGACUAAUGUGCAUAAAAUACGCCCAUGUUGUGUAAUGUGUUAAUAAUAUGACGAGUGUUUUGAAAAAAUCUAGAGGUACAAAGGGAAAAUCCGAAUCCAUGCAAGAAGACUCGCCGGCUAGAUGGUCUGUGUCCCGAGAACACAAGACCGAGGAUGCAGCGAAGUUGAUCAAGUACAUCGACGAUAGCAUAAUUGGCAAGGGAACCUCAUUUUGCGGACCAUUCGGUCGACGAAAAGUUGUGUACUGCGACUACAGCGGGUCGGGGCGAGCAUUGCAAUGGAUAGAAGAGUACGUGGCUCGAGAUGUACUCCCUGCACACGCAACAAGAUGCACAGCUCUGUCUGUUACUUCAGGACAAAGCGAAAUUUACCGGUCAGAGUCUAAGGAGAUAAUCCGUCAAGCUGUCGGCGCUGGUGCUGAUGAUGUAGUGGUGCUGGGAGCCUCGCUGUGUCGGUUUUUAAGAGCUCUACGCCCACAGAAAGUCGCUCUCUUCGUGUCCUCGAGGGAGACGGAACUACAACUGGCGCCCUGGAGGGAGUUCGAUGCUGAGAUAUUCAAAAUACCAGAGACAAAAGAAGGCUUCAUCGAUUUAAACAAUUUGGAACUGAGAUUACAAGAAAAUACAGGAACUGGCAAGCGAAUGAUCGGUUUCUUCCCGGCUGCGUCAAAACUCACAGGAGUUUUAGCAGACGAUGUUGCGACUACCCUCCUCUUACACCAAUACGGUGCUUGGUCGUUUUGGGACUACACACUCGUGGCUCCUACUUCAGCUGUCGAUAUGAACCCAACUUUUCUAAGCGUAGAAGAAGGAAUGGUCAAGAAGGAUGCUCUUUUCUUCAACUGCGAGAAGUUUGUUGGUGGAAUUCAAGGGCCGUACGUUACAGUUGUUAAGAAAGACGUCUUCAAGAAUACGCCGAUAUAUUGUGAAGACGUUGAGAUUUUAGCAGAAAGAAUAGAAGAUUUCCGAUGCGUGGAAGCUGUAAGAGCUGCAAUGGUGAUCCAGUUGAAAGAGGCGAUCGGUCUUCAGAACAUAGCUGAUAAACAGGACAACAUUACAAGACAAGUUUUAUCUCAUAUCAAGAACAUACCCGAGCUAAUUCUGCUGGGUAGUGAAUCAAGGACAAUGAGACGAUUGCCAAUAUUCUCGCUCAUGGUAAAACAUCCGCGAGGCACCUUCCUUCAUCAUAACUUUGUGUGUGCAGUUCUUAAUGAUGUUUUUGGUAUACAAGCGAGAGGUGGACUGCAUGGCAACCUUAACUAUGGCGCUGAUAUUUUAGGUAUUGAUGAUCAACUAAUGAAAGAGUACGAAAAAAUAUUAGAUGUUGAAGCACAAAAGGAAAUAGCAAGAGUCCGUAAGCUAAGUGUAGUGAAAUCACCCGAAGUACCAAUACACAAUGAACCGCUCAGGCCUGGUUUCUGUAGAAUUUCUCUACCUUUCUUUAUGUCUGAAAAUGAACUAGCCUUCGUUCUAGAAGCUUUGAAAAUGGUAGCUACAGAAGGUUGGAAAAUUUUGCCACAGUAUUUCGUAAACCCUGAAACCGGACAGUGGAGACACCACACGUGCUCAGUCCUUAGAGAUAAGAAAUCUUUGUAUUCGCUUAGGUUUACUAAUGGCCAGAUAACGGCCCAUGAGAGAAGAACAUCAGGACCAGGUAUUUUCCCGCAGACAUAUACAGAGUGCUUACAAACGGCAAGAAACCUAUUUAAUAGAGCAAGAAAAUUGGCUAUGAAAUGUUCCAGUGUGGAGCCAGAAGUCACUUUCAAUCCAAAGAUUGACUAUUUGAGAUGGUUCAUGUUGCCGAAAGAAGCUCACGAUCUCUUACUAGGAAAAUCUGCUAGUGUUAAACAUAUUGUUCCCUUUGAUCCAUCCGGAUACACGGGAGCAAGGAAAAGUCUCAAUUUAGCUAGAUGUUCAAAUACCUCAUCUCCAAUACUUGGUUUGUCUCCAAGACACUUCAGCUUAUCGGCAAUCGACGAUUGUCACUUAUUUAGGUUGAAAGAAAAACAAAAGUUUUUUUCAAGAGAAUCAAGUUUGAAAGAAACCACUAAAGAAGAAACCGUCUCUGUACGUCCUCAUCCAGUCCAGUUCGCUGUUGGUGAAUCUGUGUCUCCAUUACGAUUGGUGCCACAAUCUUCAAAACCCACUAUGAGAUCAAGAUGCUAUUCCUUGGGAUCAGAUUUACCUCAAGUGCCUCUCAGUGCAGUUGCCAAAAUGAACCUUGGCCUUAAAGAAGCAAGUCCAAAUAAUAAUAUUAAAGUAAGCAGUUUUUGUAAUUGUGGCAGUCAGACCGAUUUACCCUCGUUGGAUGAUAGUAUUAUUUCUCCAAAUAAAAAGUACCCAUAUAGUGCUCAGAGUAGCACGUCGAUAUCCGAUUGUAGCCAAGUUGGCCGUACAUCACCAACUGCUUCUGUCACAUCCCACACGUCAGAAGAUCUACAAGCGUAUGUUAAAGAAAUGACAAAAGAAAUAGCGACUGAGAUAAAAUCGGAAAUACGUGGAGUCAUCUCUAAAGUUGACGAUAUUUUAGAGAAUUCAGACUCACUCGAUCAGUCAAAUUUAAGCAUGACCUCAAUUUCUAGUCAGAGUGACAAAAAUUCUGUAUCCGUCAUAGACGUUGCGGAAUAUUUGAUGGGCGUAUCAAAAGAAAUGGCAUCUGAAGUUAAACACGAAAUUCGUGAAAUGGUAAACAGAGUCGAUGAAAUGAUUUCUCCAGAACUAACAAACUCAGGUUCCAGGAAGAGCUCACCUCCCCAACCAAUAAGAAGAAGGAUAGGUUCUGGUCCUGACCUAGGUUUGGAUUUAAAGAGACUAAAUGCAUCAACGUCCUUAAGAAAAUGUCCAACGAGCCCUAUAUUGCCGACGCAAUCUCAAUAUGAUGAAGAUGAAAGUCGAUAUUGCAAACGAUCACCUACUCAAUCACCUAAGUCAGCACAAUGUACGCCUUCUCACGAGGCAUCUGGACCAAACAGUAUCUCUUUUAAUUCGAGUGAAACUUCUACACCGGACACAAUAAUUCAAGUAGUGACCACGUCUCAGAAUUCACCAGUUCUUCCGAAAUCUUCAAGCUCAAAUAAAUUAUCGGACGAUGAAGUUAGUUGCACAGACGUGAUCUGCAGACAUUGUUGCAUUAAAAAAAACUGGUGUCAAAAUACUUCAGUAAGCUCUCAAGACAGCGGGAUUAAUAUGAAUUUCACCGAAACGGACUCUUUAAUAGAACUAGAUCCAACGGCAAAAGUACGCAAGUUGCAAGGCAGGCUCCGAAUGUGUCAGAAGCAUGAGAAAAGCGAAGUGCCAGAUAUCAUAGAAGGGGUCCCUGUGUGUUUCGGAGACCACAUUAGACCGGAAAAGACGUUUGAGACUGAUCCAGGAAGAGUCGCCUUUCAGAUACCAGAUGAUGUUGACCGCCAAAAUAGGGCUAUAACUUCUGCACCGGAUUCCAAAAGGUCGAGCAGAUCAUCGAACGCCUCGUCAAGCUGUUCAGACAGAAGCUCUCGCUCGAGCGGCUAUGGCACGGACGGUCAGAGGACAUCGCAAGAUGAGCCGUUCUACGAUCGAAGCGAGUCAGAAUGCCGUUUCAAGUCGGAGUGUUGUUGGGAGGAAGCUGAACAAGAUGACAGCAGCGCUUGCAGCGACGCCUCCCUCACAGACUUUACCUUCGACGAUGAGGGAAAAUGGCAUUGUCCUCCUAAAUCAGUUUGGAAAGCUACUGUGGAGGCUAUUCACGAAUACAACAUGAUAAGACCGGGCGACAAGGUGUUGAUCUGUCUGUCGGGCAGUCGGGACUCGGUAGCUCUUCUCCACACCAUGCACCAGUACCAGUUCUACGCCAGAUCUAAGGGGAUACAUUUUAGCAUCGGUGCAUUAUUUGUCCACGAACCUCAGUCGGACGUGGACCCCCUACACGUGAUGGCUUACUGCAGAACUCUAGGCGUCAAAUUUAUUUAUCAAGACAAACUGAAUCGCGAUGAAAUGCAACAACGUUCGUGCGACGAGUUACACCGCUGGUCGUCGCACGCGGUGAGGCGGCGCGCCUACAGCGCCGCGGCGGCGCACGGGUACGUCUCCAAUAUUAAUAGCUCCAAACUUAGGGUUCGAACACAAAACUGCGAUACGACGUCGCAUCGUAAAAAUCUACGAGCUCCCUCGACGCAUCGCAAGAACUUGCGAAUUGAUUCGCAUCGCGCAUCCCUGCGAUGCGAGUCCAGCGGCUGGAGUUCUACGGCAUAUUGGAAGCAGUCUUCAUUAGAGUUCCAGGCAAACCUUGUGUCUUCUCCACCUUAUUAUAAUAUGACGGAGAUCCGCCUGCAAGGAAGCGUCGAAUACGACACGAACCUUUGUCGUAACCUUAUCCUCCCGGAGAACAGCAUGAUGUGGUACGGUGUGGCGGCGGUGGCGCAGAGCCUCGACCGCGCCGCGCGCGCCUUCCUCGCCGCCGCGCUCUACGGCGGCGCGCUGCGCUCGCUGCGGGCGCAUUGCCGGCUCAAAGAACACAAUAUCCGUAUAAUCAGACCGUUCAUUUACGUGCGAGCGCGCUCACUGGAAGCAUUCGCCUGGUCGCGUUCUCUGCCUCACUUCGGGCACCAUCGCGACUCACCCGACUCACCGCCCACUGAUGGCUCACACACCGACUUAAGUAAAGAUAUUCUGGACCGUUCGAUUUCGGCCUCCGCCGGUAGCUCAAGCAAAAGCGACGUCAGUGUUGGCGACCAACUCGCAGAGAGCUCAUCGGAUACUUUAUCCGAGACUUUGGUCGAGCCACUGGUAGCCGUGCAAAACUUGCUAAGAAACCAGGAACGCAUUCAUCCGUAUUUGUUCACAAGUUUGAAAAAUGCCUUGCGACCGCUAAUUAGUGCCAGAUACGUCGACAAAGAAUUAAAAGAGAGACACAGAAAGAAAUCAGUGAUUCAGAUGAAAAACGGCGCUCCUGUAUACGAUUCUGAGGAAGGUACGGAGGAGGAACCAGUGCCAUAGACGGCUGUCAGUUUUCCCGCCAACAAUGCACACUGUCCGCCAUAUUGAUAAACUUUGACAUGUGACAGAUGUUUUGUCUCUUUCGGACUUAUUAGUUUUCACAUACGUUUGACAGAGACAGAGCAUGGAAAUUUUAUUGAUGAGACGGUUCAACACCGAGUUGUGAUUGAUUACUCAGUGAUUAUUAUUUUUAUAAUUGUCUAUAAUUUGUUGCAAAGCGACAUUAUGUAGAAUUUAUUUCUAAGUAUCCUAAGUUUGGUUCAUACUUAACCGUAAUUGUGUUAUCUUUUUUUUUUAAAUAAAUCUGAUUGUUUAACAUUAUGGGUACAAUUUUGAAAAGCAUGGAUAGUGAGACGAUUAUUUUUAGGUUUUCUUCGAGGGUUGCCAUAUUGAUAAUUUUUUUCUACUAUUUAGUAGUUUUCUGUAAUUAAUGUGGAAUUGAUAACGAAGUGCAUUUGUUAGUCUGGUAUUUUCGUGUUUAAUGUUAAUCGAUGUCAUGUUGUACGUGUGUUGAAAUUUUAAUUAUUAAAUAAGAAAUUGGCUUAUAUUUAUUAUGUCCAGUAGAGAGAUGAAAUAAAUAUAUAUGAGUUUAUAAAUAUGCAGAUUUUAUUCAAGGCGAGAGUCUUAAAUAUUGAAUCGUUGAAAUACUUACUAUUAUAUUUUGAUAACUAUUGAAUUUUAUUUUAUUAUGAAUAUAUUCAAUCAUGUAGAUUUAGACACAAAAUUCAACACCAAGAUUAUUUAUACAAUUUGACUUAGGUGUAGACGUUAUAGUUGUUAAAAAAUAAAUAUAAUACUUUUACAAUCUGAAUAUAUUCGUUAAAUUUUUAUUUGCACAUUAUUAUUAUAUUUUUUAAGUUUGAAUGUCAAAUGAGCGAGGUUUGUUCUGGCAACACAAACAUUUAUAGUCUGUUAAAAAAAUUAUGUUUGUUAAUGUUAGACUGAUCUUGUUUUUAAUUCGUUUCGAAAUAGUUAAUGUAUAUUUUAUAAAGAGAAGCUGUGAAAUUUUUUCUUAUACGUUUUAAUAUGUAUAUUGUUUUAUACUCGUAUUUGUAUUAUGUGACAAAUAUUUUUGUAUUAGCGCUUAUGAUAAAAUGAAUUCCUACGUGUAAUGUAAGAUAAUGUCCCAUACAUUGCUUCCAUUGUAAUUGUAAUCAUAUUUACAAAUUGUCGUAUGAAUAAAGUUUUUUUUUGAUGA